AUGAUUACCAAAAACAAAAUGCAGGCGAUGACUCGUAGAAAAGCUGUCGACGACUAUGACCUGAUGGAUUUCAGCGAAAGCUUCGACGAAUACGACAAACUUUACGACGAGAUAGAUCGCAGCGAAACUAACAACCGCCACGAACCAUGUUACCGAGAGUCGACUCGCAGGAGCUUUGACGACGACGAACCACCUUACGAUGGGAUGGACCACAGCGUGACCAUCGACAACGACUUCGAGCCACGCUACCGAGAGAUGGAUCGCCGUGAGACCGAUGAUGACGAUGAGUUACGCUAUCAAGAAAUGACUCGCAGCAGGACGACAGAUCACUCUGAGCCAUACUACCAAAUGGCAAAACGCAAGAUGACGACGGACCACUACGAGCCUAAAUACGUCUACUACGAGAAGGGCCACGACUUUGACGGCGCGGAAUUCCACCCGGCCGUGGCUCAGGUUGCGGGUUACCGCUACAAGUACGACAAGUUCCUCGCCGCAGACGAAUCUGUCCGUAUCGGAGCCCGCUCGAUCGUCGGUCAUUUCACCUGCAACAACUGCCAGCCCACUGUCCAUGACGGGUACCGCAUCUGGUACUCUGCUGUCAUUUGUACCGAGUUGUACUUGUCACCUCACAACUACUACAGGGCCAUCAUGCAUGCUCAGCAGUGCAAGAAGUGUGACCAGUAUGCGAAACCGGAGGUCGAUAUUGAAAACUAUAUCUGUAAGGUGAUUAGUACGCUGGACCUGUGGACUGGGCGUCGAGAUGCUUACUGGUCGGAGGAGUACCGAGUCACCCGAGGACCCCAUGACGAGGAUCGGUGCCACGGGUGCCAGGUUGGAGUCUGCGUUCGCGACUCUUGA